GAAUGGCGGACGUAAACAAUCUGCUGGCGACACUGAAACUGUCGUGUACUCGAAGACGAUUAUUUUCUUUCACCGCGUGAUCUAUGUGACAUAUGCUAACAGUUAAUUUGUACUAAAUGUCACACAAGAGAUAAUGAAUCGCCAAACGUUAACAAGUAAAGACCGUGCUAAAAUUACCCAGCCUGUAGAUAGAAAUAGGAUGCCCCAUUCAAGCUCAACCCUGAUGGCUGCAGCAUUUCAAGAUCAUCUCAUUCGCUCAAUGGCUCUCACAGAUAUGCUGGGGCCAAGAAAAGUGCUGCCUGGGAAAGCUACCCAAAAACUAAUGAAGAAAGAAAUAAGACCAUUGGUUGACACAGGAAGAGUUGCAAGAAAUCCGGUCAAGCCAAAAGCAAAGGAAGAAAAGGAGUAUGUACUUGAUACAACACCUGCCCCAUUAACAUUAGCCCAGAAACUUGGCCUGGUUGAAGCCCCUCCUCAGCUGAUGUCAGAGGGCCAGUGGCAGGCAGCCAAAGCCAAGUCUAACAGGAGAGAGGACUCUGAUCUGCCCUGUGUUAUUUGUAAGGAAGACUUUGGCUUACAGCAGCAGGUAUUGCUGUCUUGCACACAUGUUUUCCACAGGGCCUGUUUGGAAGCUUUUGAAAGGUUCACUGGAAAGAAAACCUGUCCAAUGUGCAGAAAGCAGCAGUACCAGACACGAGUGAUACACGAGGGAGCCAAGAAACAUAGGGUCAAGUGUGUUACAAAGAUUCAGGCCAUGUGGAGGGGAUAUGUUGUCCGCUGCUGGUAUAGGAAACUCAGAGAAAGUCAUCCUCCAAAUGAUCCGAAACUGAGGAAAAAGUUUUAUGAAGAUAAGUUAGAAUCCAUUACAGACAGAAUGGUGAGGUCAUGUGACUUCAAUAUAAACCGUUUCUUGUCCGAGAUUGAUCAAAGCCUAGAAGCCAGUCGAGAGGUCUUUAGGAACUUUGAUACCAUGUUUCACCGCUACACAGAAGAGGACUGGGAGAAAAUUCAGCUUAAGGCUGUUGACAGGGGAGAGACAGAGUGCCCAAUAUGCCUGACGUCUCUCUGGCAACAGGAAGUGGUCGAACCGGUGCAGAAAAAGCCACUUCCUGAGAAAAGCAUCUCCCCACAGAAAAGUGACAGGACAAGUCCAAAGAGACCAACAGGGAAUAGAUUUUCUCAGCACAGAGAAAGGGCCCAAAACAUGACUAACUGCAUUGAUUCCAGCACAGAAUGUGUGGGCGACGAAGCCCCGAAAUGUUCGCCCGUUACAGACACUCCUCGUUCGCUGGCCCGGCAAGUCGUUCUGUUGUCCUGCUCACACGUUUUUCAUCUUACAUGUUUGGAAACCUUUGAGGAAUUGGCGGUUUUGGAGAAGAAAAACGUGUGCCCUGUAUGUAGGACCAAUUACCAGAAGCGAACCAUUUGAUCUUGUUUUCUUGAGUUUCCUUUGUGUAAUGUCGAUUUCCGUCCUUUGAGCAUACAUUUCUGUUUGCAGUUAAGAACACAAUCUGAGCAGAGUGAACAAGUAUUCCUGUUAAGAAUGUAACGUUUCUGUCAUCCUGGUAGGAAGGUCCGCUACAGUGCUGCGGUACUCGUAUGCGAAGAUCCAUUUUCAUUAUACAUUGUAUAAAUAUGUUAUUCCUGUUCGAAAAGUUCAGUGAAGAACCUACUUAGAAAAUCUGGCAAACUUUAUGACAACCAUAUUCUGAUCUGACCGUCAUGCUUUACCCAGUGUUUUGAACUAACCAAACUUGAAAAGAGUGUAUGCAAUGAUUUUUCCAACCAAAUCACCUUUACGUCACAUGUUUACAUUUGUAUAAUUUAUUCAAUAAAGCGUUGGGAUUUUUGCAGACGGAUGUACAGCAGCUUUGCGUUGC